GUAGAAGGUGCUUCGGAGCAGCAGUGAGCGUUCUUGAUUUAUUUGGUGAGAUUCAAACUUGAUACUCAUCAACUUAUCUUUCAUCUUUCGAGUGAGUCUUACCCUCCUCAUUAGGGAUCGUCGAUAAGCUCGAGUAUCCUUGGGAAUCUCGAAAACCCAUUGAGAAUAAUUUCUAAAGGUGGUAAAGGAAAGGUCAACACCCCGUACAGUCUCCACAUCCCAUCACAAACUGAACGUUCUGUCGUUCAUCGCAACAGCUAUUUGAAGACUGCGCCAUGAGAAUACACUGCACGAUUUGCGUUCUUGCUUCUCUGUCGUCCCUGUUCCUUGCUGAGAACUUCGCGACUGCCUUCAUACACGGGGGAAGUACGAAAUGUGUGUUCCAACCUGAUAUCCGGAAUAAUAUUGACUGUAAUUUGUACAAGAGAGAGCCGAGGACAGCCACAAGAUUGUUUUCAACAUCGCCAUCAUUCUCGGAUCGCUCCAAAAUAAACAAGAGUAACAGCAAAAGAACAACAGAAUUGAGAGCAGCUACGGGGAUUCCUUUAACAUCUUCUCCAUCCAUCGUGCCAUCGUCUAUCGAUGAUAGUAAUGAUGGUGGCCUCGGAGUUCUCUUUUUGAACCUUGGGGGUCCCACUACGGGCGACGAUGUCGAAGGUACGUUCUGUUAGUAAAUUCAAGACGAGAGCAAGAUCCUAUCAAACACCGUUCGAAUUCAUCGUAAAACAAGCGUCGAAAAACUUAUUUCACUGAUUGUGAGAAUACAAGAAUUCCAUUUUUCUCACCUUUCUCGGUGCUUUUUUCCCUUUCACCAACAAAAAAACGUUUGAAACUAUUUAGAAUUUCUAUUCAACUUGUUUGCCGACCCAGAUAUUAUUCGAUUACCCGGUCCACUUGCACCACUGCAGAACAUCAUAGCCGGAUUUAUUGCCAAACGACGAGCACCAAAAAGUAGGGCGGCAUACGACAGUAUCGGAGGUGGAUCUCCCAUCUUAAAAUACACUAACGCGCAAGCCAAACUGUUGUCUGAGUCGUUCAAAGAGAAAUACAAUAUGCCGAUUAAAACCUACGUAGGGAUGCGGUAUUGGAAGCCUUACACGGAAGACGCGUUGGAACAAAUUCGCAGAGACAAGGUGAAGGCCCUGGUGAUCCUUCCCCUGUAUCCACAGUUUUCCAUUUCUACCUCGGGAAGCUCUCUCCGGGUCCUGCAGGAAGAUUUUUCGAAGAGAUCCUAUGGAGACAUGGUGCAUACCGUAGUUCCUAGCUGGUAUGACCGACCUGGUUACGUGAAAGCAAUGUCGAAUCUGAUACAGACAGAAGUGGAUAGUUUUACUGAUUCGGAGAAGGCGCAAGCGAAGAAUAAUGCCCCCAACUUGGCCCCGAUUCACGUUCUGUUUUCGGCCCACGGAGUACCGAAGUCGUAUAUUGAAGCCGGCGAUCCAUACCAAAAACAAAUGGAAAAGUGCAUCGAUGGAAUCAAAGCUAAACUGUACGAAACGAACAGCCCGGAGGAUUUGACGAUCCAUUUGAGUUAUCAAUCACGCGUAGGUCCCAUUGAAUGGCUCCGCCCGGUAAGUAGAGUAGAGUAGUAGUCAUGCAUCGUCGUUCCAGAAUAUUGCUAUUGUUUUCGACGUUGUCUCUUUUGAUGGAAAAGUCAUUUUCCGGCGGGAUUGCUGAAUGUAUCAUCCACUGCAUUACACUCAUGCUAUUUAUACUGUCGUCUUUUACACCAUUCCGACUACUUACGCGCAGUACACGGAUGAUGUCUUGCCGGAGCUUGGAGAAAGUGGGGUGCAAAAUUUGGUGGUGGUCCCCAUUAGUUUUGUUUCUGAACACAUCGAAACGUUGGAAGAAAUCGACAUUGAAUACCGCGAACUCGCCGAGGAAUCCGGAGUCUCAAAUUGGAGGAGGUGUCCGGCACCGAAUACCGAUCCUACCUUUAUUGCAGACAUGGCCGAUAUGGUCUACGAGGCUUUGAACGAGCCGGCACAAACAGUUACAGAGACUUGCAUCGCAAACAACAUUGAAGGAAUUGACUUGGAGGCCCUUGACGAUUCUGUGGCCGUCAGUGCUGGCGGUGUCGGUGGAGUAGGAGCCGACGGUGACUUGUUCAAAAUCAAACCAUGAUACGAAUGUAAGCUAGGGAUGCGCAAGUUUUGUUUUAAUUAGUUCGUCCCGAUCGGCAUAGGACCAAAAAUCAUCCAGCACAGCUCACAUUAAAACAAGUAUUCCUUUUUCAAUACGGGUUGACUGUGGCUCUUCACAUCUGGGCUUUAGGCUACAUAGCACAAGUCUUUCGCAAAGUAUUUUUGCAAACAGAAAAAUACGUCACGUGACGAAAUUACUAGGUAUAAUGAUGGUAUGUAGGUAGCAUAACAGUUCAAU